GACCCGGCUUGUCUAUGAUGUAAACAUUCGUCCUGCUCAUCCCGCAUCCUGCUUUGCGAGUGUAACUUGUGUAACGUACCCAUAUACAUAUCUGUCUAGUUUCUAUAACAAGCUCAUUGCCUGAGAUGUUUUCUGCAUUCAAGAGGGCCAUCCCGCAGGUGUCGAUCUUUCAUAAUCCUGCUUCACCUCCUUCCCAAGCUGCGCUGCGCCUUCUGAACUCUGCACUCUCUUCACCAUACCCAGCGUCAUCGGGUAAACCCCUGGUAUUCAACCUUGAGGUCGUUGAAAAUAAACCUCCGACUUCUGACCAGCUUCGUGUAAUCUUAUCCUACGUUCAUCCCGAAUCCACCCCCACACCAGAAUCUCCUGAAGUUUUCCUAUCUUCGCAUCCUGCGAGCGAUGUUCGACCGAACAACCUGCAGGACGUUGUCAAUCUUGCUCAAACGAAUAAGAACAUCUUGAAAUGGCCCAUAGUUGUAGACUGGGAUGAUGGAAAAGCUGCUGUCGGUGAUGUAGAAGGCGUAAAGUCGAUCCUGGAGCAAUUGAGGAAGAAGCGCGACGGUGAAGCCAAAGAAGCGGACGUGGAACACAAACCAAAAGGCUGGUUUUCGUAAAGCAUGUGAGUUCGUGUAUAAUAUGUGUAUAUCAAUAUAUCGGAAAUCUACAAGUAGCGAGUCAACAGUUUUAAUGUC